AUGAGCGCUCAGGCAUACUACGAGUUGUAUCGCGGGAGCAGUCUCGGUCUCUCCCUUACCGAUACCCUCGAUGACCUGAUCAAUGAGGGCCGAAUCGAGCCCCAGCUCGCUAUGAAAAUACUCUCCACAUUCGACCGUAUCAUCACGGAAGUUCUCGCGGACAAAGUGCGCGCAAGGCUCACUUUCAAGGGUCACUUGGAUACUUACAGAUUCUGCGACGACGUAUGGACCUUCCUCAUCAAAGACGUCACCUUCAAGUUGGACAAUCAGACCACCAUUACGGCCGACAAGGUGAAGAUUGUCAGCUGCAACAGCAAGCGGCCCGGAGAGGCGUGA